UCAACUAGUGGUGAGUUUAAUUUUUCAUUUUUAGAUUAUUAAAUCAGCAUGCAGAUCAGUAGCAAUAUUGAUAAUGACAAACUGAUGUUAAAGUUUUGGGUUGCACAGGUUUGUAAAGGUCUCGUUCUACGAGCCGGGACAGUUCAAGUAGUCGUUCGUCCAGGUCCGUGGGACGGGACAGUUUAAGUACUUGUGUACCCAGGUCACAGGCUGUGGAGAGUAGGUCCAUAGAUGGUCUUACACCUGCAAUUUCCAGUUGUAAUAGGGCUGUGCCAACCACAUACCCACUACCAGAAGCGAGUUUGUCAGCUGGCAAGAGUGGGGGGGAAGAUGUAAAAGAUUGCACACACAAAGUGCUGGACAGGGUCUUCACCAAUCAACUAAUGACCCUGUUCAACAUGAAGGGGAAGGGCAAAAAAGAAAAAAUUAAAUUUGAAGACAAGAAAUUGUUUUCAGCAAUUAAAGCUGCUGUCAUGGGCUUCGUUCAUACUGCAAACAUUAAUGCUCAAUUCCGAUUUUUUGAAAAAAUUCGAUUUUUUGGCAAGGCUAUUCACAUUUCCAAUUAAAUGCGACCUUUUGUGAUCUCCUGUGUGAACGUCAAAUGACCCAAAAGUGACCCGCAUGCGCAGAAGAGUACUCAACGGUCAACGACGUCACUCGUUGUUUGCGGAAGUAGUUAACGUAAAAAUGUAUGUCAACAACAGUGUUGUGAACAGCGGAGCUCUUUUUGCAAAGUUAUUUUCCCAACGGAGCCAGCACAGUUUCAAUCUUCUCGCUUUAAGAAGAAAAUUAAAAAGAAGGAGGAGAGCAAGGUUUUUGGCCAUGGCGUUUUGUGGAGCAGUGUUAGCAACGUCGGUACAGAGAAACGUGUGGGUGCGGAGUCGCAGCCAGGAGUGGUGGGAUACUGAUGUGAGUGGCUUAACUAAUACAGAAUUCAUCAGUAACUUUCGAAUGACCAGAUUCACAUUCGAUUAUGUUUGUGAGCGCCUCCGAUUAACUCUGUCACAGGAAGAGACAUGUCUGCGGCGGCCCAUAACAGUGCAGAAACGCGUUGGAGUUGGAGUGUAUUGGCUAGCAACAGGUGCGUGCUAUCGUACGAUAGCUAACUUGUUCGGCAUAGCCAAGUCUACAGUCUGCUCCAUUGUACACGAGUUCUGCGAAGCAGUUCGCCGUGUCCUCAUGCCCCAGUACAUAAAACUGCCCAAAGGGGAUGACCUGCAAGAGGUCAUUGAAGGCUUCCAGCAGAGAUGGGGUUUCCCUCAGUGUGGAGGAGCUAUUGAUGGGAGUCAUAUCCCCAUCAUUGCUCCAGAGGAUAACCACGCAGAGUAUUUCAACCGCAAAGGGUGGCACUCAGUUCUGCUCCAGGGUGUCGUGGAUCAUCGGUUUUGCUUCACCAACAUCUAUGCUGGAUGGCCAGGGAGUGUCCAUGAUGCGAGGAUACUCCGGAAUUCCCAUGUGUACUCACUCGCAGAGAGAGGGGAGCUUUUUCCACCCGACACUGAGGAGAUAAUGGGCGUUCAAGUGCCAAUCAUGCUGCUCGGUGACCCGGCUUAUCCCCUUCGAAGCUGGCUGUUAAAAGGAUACUGCGACACAGGGACCCUGACAGCUGAGCAGAAGUACUUCAAUGAGCACCACGGCAGAGCCAGGAUGACUGUGGAGUGCGCUUUCGGCCGACUGAAGGGCCGGUGGAGGUGCCUUGCUAAACGGCUGGAUGUGGACGUUUCCCUGGUCACCACCAUAAUCAGUGCAUGUUGCACACUCCACAACGUGUGUGAAAUGCACGGGGAGAAUUAUGAAGAGGCUGGUGGAACUGUUUCUCAUGUUCCUCAUGUUGAGAGAUGGGUUGAAGGAGGGGGAUUUGUAGAUGUGCAGCCAUCAAGAGUCAGAGAAGCACUGACUCAGCUUUUUAUUAGCCAACGUUGAGCCACAAACUGGGCUGUCACAAUAAUUACAAUAUCGUUCAACAUUUUGUACAAUGUUUAUCUGUACAUAUAUUUGUUAGUUAGUUUCUGUGUCAUUACA